GGGUUUGGGAUAGUUUAGGGUGGAUUUAGGAACACUUUCAGGACCUGGGGGACACUUUGGGAUUGGGUGGCCGUUUAGGGGUGGUUUGGGGUCAAUUUGAGGAGCUUUGGGUCCAUUUUAGGAGCACUUUGAGCUCCUCUUUUGACCCCACUUCAAAUCCCCUUGUGCCAACAACCCAUUUUGCUGUCCCUCCCCCCUUCCCUGGGCACAUUUUGGGCUCAAACCCCACAUUUUUGGGAUCCCCCUUUUGCUGAUGUCCCCCGCUGUCCCCUCAGGCUCGUCAGAGGCGGGGGGUGACCCCAAGGCCACCGAUGUCCCCUCCGAGGGGGGCCCGGCCCCGCGCAGGCCCCGCAAGAAGAAAUCGGUGUCGUGGCCCGAGGAGGGGCGGCUGCGCGAAUAUUUCUACUUCGAGCUCGACGAGACCGAGCGAGUGAACGUGAACAAGAUCAAGGACUUUGGCGAGGCGGCCAAGCGGGAGAUGCUGAAGGACCGGCACGCCUUCGAGACGGCGCGGCGCCUCAGCCACGACUCCAUGGAGGAGAAGGUGCCCUGGGCCUACCCCAAGGCCCUGGAUCUGCCGGCGCCGCUCGUCAUCCCCGGCAGCGGCAGCCGCGAGCGCUUCACGCAGGCCGAGCGCGUCAAGGGCAUCCUGCAGGAGAUCUUCCUCUCCAAGGAGAGGUGAGCGGGAAUCCCGGCGGGAUUUACCGGGAAUUUGGGAACGGGAGGGGGUGGCGGAUCCCGGAUCUCAUUCUGGAGCUGCUCGGGAGUGGGGGAUUUGUAGUGUUCUGAGCCUGAGGUGUCAGGGUUGCUGAGGGGGAUUU